AUGACGGACAAUGAACUGCUGCUGCGGGCGUCCAUGGCUCCGAGGAUCAAAGGGAUCAGCUCGCUGGUGCCUCCCGCGCCUAAGGUGGCGUUCAUGUUCCUCGUGCGUGGUGAGCUGCCACUGGCGCCGCUGUGGGAGAGGUUCUUCCAUGGGCACACUGCACUGUUCUCGGUGUACGUGCACCCUGACCCAACAUACCUGGGCUCGCCGGAGAAGGGGUCGGUCUUCUACGGCCGCCGUGUUCCCAGCAAGGAAGCUCGUUGGGGGAAGUCUAGCAUAGUCGAGGCCGAGCGUCGUCUCCUCGCAAAUGCUCUCCUCGAUGCCACAAACCAACACUUCGUCCUACUGUCUGAGACAUGUGCCCCUCUCUACAACUUCACCACGGUCUACUCCUACCUCGCGCAUUCCGCUGGUGCUACCUCCUUCGCCGACCUCUUCGACACGCAGCGUUCUCGUGGCCGCUAUAGACCGGCCAUGGCGCCCACCGUCACGCUCGCUAAUUGGCGCAAGGGCUCCCAGUGGUUCGCGACCGACCGGGGUCUUGCGCUUGAGGUCAUCGGCGACGUGACCUACUUCCCGGUUUUCCAACGCCACUGCAAUGGCCCCUGCAUCAUGGACGAGCACUACCUGCCGACAUUUAUCGCCGCCUCAAAGUGGCAUGGGAAUGCAAACCGUACACUCACGUUUACACAGUGGACAAGGGGGCCUCAUCCUGAUAGCUACAAUGACGUAAGUGUCGACCUGCUUCAGGGGAUGAGGAACCAUGGGAACUGCAGCGACGGUGGCGGGACCACAUCGCUUUGA